GUCGUUAAUGUGUAAUACUACUUAUGUGUAUUUGUAUGUGUGUUUUUGUCUAUUGAUGACUGGGUGAGAAGUUGAUGUCUGCGUUCCUCCGUGUGCUGCUGCGGCAUCGUAGCCUGGGCUAGCAUUGCUAUAGGUGGUGGUGUCUGGGGUGCUAUCGCUGCUGCGGCUGGUGUUCGCGAUUGUUUCAUGACUCUUCUGCAUGCUGUUGUGCUGUGGACGAUAUUGCAGCAACACCAACAGCAGCAGUGAUUCAUACAGUGGCAGUGCGGUGAAUGAGUCGCGUCGUAGUGUGGUGGGCACCAAAGGAGUGCCUUGUGCCUUCAGUGCCCGAACUGGUGUACAAACCGGUGCUGUGGUGGUAAUUGAGAAAGAAGUGCGAGUUUGUCGCUACCUAAUGGAGCAUUAAUAUGUUUUGGUGGUGUUGUGAUGGUCUAAUGGUCGAUUAGAACGAUUACACGUACGGACGCCCGCGUUGCCGGACGCCCGCGUUGUUGCCUCUGUGCCCGUCACAAUGGCGGCCAUAGCCGCUGGGGUUGGGGGCAGUGGUGGUAACAACGGUCCCGAUCGAUGGUACUUCAGUCAGGAAGAAUUGGCAUUAACUUCUGCCAGUCGGGCAUGCGGGCUAGAGCCCGACAAGGAGCUGUCGCAACGCCAACAGACCGCUAACCUCAUUCAAGAGAUGGGCCAACGGUUGCAUGUAAAUCAACUUUGUAUAAAUACGGCUAUCGUCUAUAUGCAUCGAUUCUACCGAUUCCACUCGUUCACCAAAUUCAACAGAAAUGACAUUGCACAGUGCGCGUUAUUUCUCGCGGCCAAAGUGGAAGAACAGCCGCGCAAGCUGGAGCAUGUAAUCAAGUGUGCCCGUGCAACACUUAACAAGGGCGCACCUCCGCUGGACCCACAAUCAGAGGAGUACCAAGCUUUAGCCGGCGAACUUGUGGCAAACGAAAACCUUAUGCUACAAACUUUAGGAUUUGACAUCGGCAUUGACCAUCCACAUACGCAUGUUGUCAAAUGUUGCCAACUGGUCAAGGCGUCUAAGGAACUGGCGCAAACGUCGUACUUCCUAGCUACGAAUUCCCUGCACUUUACAACGAUGUGUUUACAAUAUAAGCCAACAGUAGUUGCUUGCCUAUGUAUUUUUAUGGCAUGCAAAUGGGCGAGCUGGCAGGCAAGUAUCCCUCAAUCAAGCGAAGGAAAGGACUGGUUCAACUAUAUUGACGAGACUGUUACUGAACAACUCCUUGAAGAUUUAAUGGCGGAGUUCGUCGAAUGUCUAAACAAGUGUCCGGAGAAAACGCGGAAUCGCAUAAUGGGUUGCAUUAAAUCCAAGGAUCAGCAAGCAAUCGCCAGUGCCUCAGGUAGUCACCGCUCUUCAUCUGGAACACAUUCCAGUGGUGGCGGCAACCAAGGCGAAAGAACUCAUCAACAAGGGUCUCACCAUCAGGGAUCAGGAAGCCAGCGCUUACUUGAUUCACUUGGCCGAUCACGGCAGCAUCCAAGCAGUAGCAGCAGUCACCAACCAGAUUCAACUACAUUACUGGCAGAUCGUCGUAAGACAUUACCGCCAUCUAAUCAUCAGUUAUCAUCUGGCACUCAAGGUGUACAGCAAGUAGGACCUCAGAGAUCUUCCGGACAGCAUCAUGGCCAUCCUCAGACUCAGGAUCGGUACUCCUAUAAUAAGGAGCACCAACGGCAACAACAGGGAGGCCAACAAACAGCUCAGCAACAGCACCAAUUAGGUCAUCCUUCGGCUGCUUUGGCUGGAAGACAUUCAUUGCCGACGGGAACCAGCGGGCCAUUGGGAUCAAACAAGGCACCGAGUAGAGGAAUGACAUCAAGCAGCUCUUCAUCAUCAAUGAGCAUGCAGUUACACCCAAAAAAACAAUAUACUCAACAGCAGCAACAACAGCAACAGCACUACGUAGACAAGGCAGCUGCGCUUCAGAGGUCAUCGAAUGAUAAACGCGGUGUAAAUGUUGUCGGAAGUGGUGGUAGUAAUGGACAACCUCCGCCGCCUCAACUGGUCGAUCAGAGUCGACGCGAACAAAUGCAUAUAAUGCAGCAACAGCAGCAUUCAAUGAUGCAACUUCAUGGAGGUCCGCAUGCUAGUGCCGAUAAGAUGUCUGCAGGUCAGCAGCUCCAGCACCCUCACCCACCGAGGCUAGAGGUAAAGACGCAACAGCAUAUGCAACCCGGCGGAAGCGGUGGACGAAAUAUGGAAAAAGGUCUACCGGCCGCCGCGCUGGACGACACCAGCGGCCUGUUGCGACCCGCAGAUUUUUCCCAACCGUACCCCAGUUGUGCAUCACCACCAGCGCACAAUCCCAUGUUUGAAGGAGAUUCUUCCUCUGCAGAUAGUUUUUUCACAGGUUUAGGUAAUAUCGUCUCACAAACCAGUCCAAACAACACUAACUCUGGUUCAAACUCUGGUUUUGCUACCGGCUCAGGAAUGAGUCGUGGUGACCAACCUCGAGGCGGUGGAUCAUCGUCCCUAAUUCCCUCGCCACCGGAAACUCAUCACAAUCUCAGCCCUCCAGAGUCGUUUGCCUCCGCGGCAGCCGCAAUAGUUGCUUCGCAUUUUUCCUCAGGAGCUCUACCACCUUUGCACCCAUCGACAGCGCCGCUUCACCAGUUGACAACAGGCAUUUCGAACCAGCUACCUAUAACCCCAACCAUCAAGCCUGAGCAGCAGCAGCAGCAGCAUCCGCAAAAAGUAGAGGCUCGAUCGCCUGGUAUUGUACAAUCAACUGAGCAGCAAACACUACCGCCCACACUAGCUACUCAUCCUCCUCAUCAGCAGCAGCCGCAAAAGUUGCAGCAGGGGCUCAUAACAGCAGGCUCAUCCUCAAGCUCGAUGGCACUGCUCGCUCAUCUGCAACAGUCGCAGCAACAAAUGCGAGGUAAUAAUGGAACGGGUUUAACUGCGGAAACAACAGAGGCACUUAGCGGAAAUACAUUUGUCGAUUCCUUGGCACCUAUGCCACGUUCAUCAGCGCCAAUUGUUGGAGGGCAUCGCGCCCAGGGAGAGACAAAGCACACUUUGGGUUCGGCUCCAAAACAGUUGAGUGCGCCAACAGCAAUUGCGAAUAAUAAUAAUGUCGCUUCUGCUGCCGUCCCAAUGCAAAGUGCACCAGUAACAGCGUGUGUCAGUGCUAGUACGCCAAUAAAACCUAUCGGUUCAUCUGGGUUAGGCACGAAUGCAGCGGAGGGAAUUCCCACACCAACAGCAAAACAAGGGUCCGCAGAUGAGGUCAGCGUGGGCUGGUCGAAUACAGCGGUUGCUGUGAAAGCGGAACUAAAACCAACAGAAGUACGAGCAGAUGAUGACAGCCGAGUUGGCUUGGCUGAGCAAACAGAAAUCGAUGGUGGCAAAAAACACAAGAAAAAGAAGGAGAAAAAGGAAAAGAAGGAAAAACGACAUAAGGAUAAGGAUAAGAUCAAGGAGAAAGAGCAUCUUGAUCGAAAUGAAACAACUGCAAUUGGUGGCAGCGGAGUUGCUAUUACUGGUGGGGGCGGUGACGGCAAUAGCAAGGAAAAGAAGAAAAAAAAGAAGAAGGAUAAGGACAGAGAUAGGGAUAAGGAGCACCAUCGGGAAAACCAUCAUCGGUCCGACAACAACAGCAGCAGCCACCGAUCGCCCCGAUCGAUGUCGAGAUCACCGGUGCCUGGUAGUGGCUCAUCACCUCUUUCAGCCGCCCAGCCUCAAGCUCCGGUCGUUCAAGUGACCGGAACAAAACUCAAGAUUAAGCUUGUUCCGCCAAAGCCAACGUCAACGGUAGCACCGUUAUUGGCUACUGGAAGCGUAGGCCAGGGAACAGUGAUAGCGACCGGGGCUAUUUCAGGUGGGCAGCGGAGUAGUGAUAGCGACUCAAACCACGGCAGUAGUAGCAUGAUGACGUCAAAUACAACGGCUACCAGUGCCACGAUAACGACCAACAGCAAGGGAGGGAUGUCAUCGACUGGAACCGAUAACAAUCUCCGUAUAAAAAUUCCGAUUGACAAGCUGGACGGAGCAGGGCCUACCACAGGGACCAGGAUUGAAAGUGGUGCAGCCAGUGCUGGUGCUGGUAAAGAGAAACGAAAGCGUCGGACAGAAGAUUUUGAAGAAGGCCCGAGCGGUGGCAACAGCAAGAGUCGCAAAGUGCAACACUACUGAUCGUAAAGUAAACAGACACAUUCUGAAAAACAACAAAAACAACAAACAAAAAAGGGUUAUCAAAAUAUUUCUAGGAAAUGGCAGACAGAGUGAGCGAAAGAGAGGAAGAAACUAGCAGCCGCAAUAAUUGGCUGAUCUUGUGUUGUACCGGAACUUGUUAUUUUGGAGACGACAAGAGGGGAAAAGCGUUUGGUUCUGUUUGAAAAAAUUGUUGUUCCUGUUGUCAUUGAUUUGUGUGGUUGGUAUACAUGAACGUGUGCGUGUGCUUGGUAAAUGUGUAUAUAAAUGUACGUGUUGUUUUUACAUGAUAGCGAAAACAAACAAAAACUAGUAACAAUUAAGAACCGCAGCAUCCAGCACUACCACUCACAUUCGUAACUUAGACGUUUAUGACCAGUCGCUUGCAGCUCUAGAAGUAGCAUUACGUUGUCUUCCUUGUGUCGUCGAACCACAAUAGGUCGACUGAUGAAGAUACGGAUAUGGCUGAUGCUUUGAUUUCGGUGCUUGUGAGAAUAAUCACCUGCAGGUAAUUGCACUCAUCCAAUCUGCUGUUUUUUUUUAAUAAACACAGCAGAUGAUUAUCAUAAUCAUGCACAUAGAAGGACACCUUUCUAUCGUUCUCGAGGUAAAAGCAAGGACGUCCUUAACUGAAGUUUAAUUUAAAGAUGUGUCUUGAUUCAAAUACGCCAAUUCGACUGUCUUUCUCUCACGGUAUGUCGUUUCUAUCAUUGGUCACUUGGGCCUACAACACUCUUUUGCCUACCUGAAAGGCCUAUGAACGAAAAUGCAAUGAAUUCUAGCGUAUAAAAAAUUGACAUAUUAAGUAUGGUUAAUUAUUAUUGAGUGUGCAGUGGACAGCAGCAUUGCUUCUAUAUGUGACAGAGAAAAACUGACGUUUGCAUAUCAGUGUAGAGCAAAAAAUAGAUGAAAGAGCCAAAUGGAGUAACUAUUUUAAAUUAGAAUUACUCGAUUGAGAAGACCGUUGAGUUGUCUUCUGAUAAUUUUUUGCUACGAUUACUGCACUUGGUAACUUUUAGUAACUGCGACGGGUGGUUGAGUUAUCGUAACUACGGUGCUACGAUAAAGUAUUACUGUUAUGGUAAAAAUGCAAAAAUUUGAUGAAAAACGUUCGAGCAAUGGUUUGCAAAGCAUAGCUUUGUCAAUUGUUGGAAGUUUGACAAAGCUGUAUGCGGCGAUGGGAAUUUAAGUACCGAAGGAAUGUGUGUAUGUGUGUGUGUAGUGAACUUGGGUGUAAGUAUGUGUGUACGUGUUUGAGUCGUAAACCGGCGCAACGCAACUAACCGCAGUUGCAGUUCGUUAUCUCAUGUGAAUGAAUAUGAAUCCUGUAAAAUAGGUGGGAACCGUGCAAACAAUGCAGGCGUUCAUUUUCCAACUAGUGAUGCUCGGGCUCAAUGUAGGCAUGAACAGAAUCCGCUUCAAGUUAAUAGGAUACUGUUUUAUAUGAAUAUUUGAUUUAGCAUAUAAUUAUGAGCUAUUUAUGGAUUUGCAAUGUUGGCCAUUUCAGUAAAAAGUAAAUAAUAGCCCCAAAUGAUCAUUCAGAACUUUUUGGCGCCUUUGAUCGGCUACAUUAAGGCUUUCAGUACAAAUAGCCUAUUUAAUGUGUGAUAUUUCCCUACUAAGUAAAAUAUGUUUACAAUGCAUCAUUGAUAAAUGGAUCCAUUGCAUUUAGUUCUCGAGCAUUGCUUCGGAGAUUAGGAGGGUUACAAUAUUGAUAGCAGUAGUAACAAUGGUAGAGUUCUGGUCGGUGGAUCCAAGGAGAGAAGGACUCGGCGAACGAGAAAGACAAUUCGUGCUGGGCAUUACUUUAUUAUUAUUAUUAUUGUAUGUAGUAAGUUAAUUUAAAAGGACAAAGGUAAAAAUUAAUGUACGUAUGUUGCAGGAUAUUGCCCACAACAGCUUUCAAUCGAAAAGAAGGCUUUGGGAAUGAAUGGUAGGAGUAAUAUAGGGCAAGAAGUGGUAUGCAUGCUAUGGCAUUAGUUGGCCGAAGAAGGCUAAGUUUUGUGAACAAAUAAUAAGAAAGGUAGUGGGGUAGGUGGAGAGGAAAACGCCAGCAAAUAAUCGGAGAUGCAGCAAAAAAACUACGUUGAACACAAUAUAACAAAACAGCCAAAAAAAAAUAAAAAUGAGCGAAAGGAAGAAAGAUGAGUGGGUUGAACA